AUGAAAAUUUAAUUAGAUAAAGACACAUACACUCUCUAGAAAAAAAUAGGUGAAGGUAACUUUGCUACAGUUUAUGCUACUCAGCAUUAAAAUCUUGUAGCCAAAGUGUGCUACAAGUCAAACCCUAAAGCAUUUAAAGCAUUCUAAAUCGAGAUGGAUAUUUUGAAUAAAGUUUAAGGAGAGGGGAUAGUAAAACUAGAGAAAUCUGGCAUCACUCAAUUAUAAGGACAAACAAGUGGAAUAUUGAUUUUAGAAAAUUGUUCGAAGGGAAGUCUGAUAGAUUUAAUGACCACUUAUAUAAACAGAAGACCUCCUGAACAAUUAGUAUUGAUGGUGGCAAGAGACAUAGUCAAAGCCCUAAUACAAAUUCAUUAACUUGGUUAUGUUCAUAGGGAUGUCAAGAUGGAAAAUGUACUUUUAAAUUCUUUAGGUUAUUUUAAACUUUGUGAUUUUGGCAGUGUCACCAAAACAAAAUACUAUAAAAUUGACAAUACUAAUAGGGAUACAAUCAAGGAUGAGAUUGAAGAAAACACGACCCCUUUUUAUAGAGCACCAGAAUAUAUUGAUUUCUAUGCAAAUUACCCUAUUACAGAAAGUGCAGACAUCUUUGCUCUUGGUGUUUUGUUAUUUAUGUUCUGCUUUUAAAAACCUCCCUUUGAAAGUGGCUUAGCAGCAGUCAAUAAUCAUUAUUUCAUCCCAGACUCUCAUGAAUAUUCCCCUAAAUUAAUCCAACUGAUUCAAUCACUCUUCUCUGUAAAUCCAAAGAAUAGGCCAACUGCAUAAGAAUUACUCUAAAGAAUUCAAACUAAUUGGUAAUUGCCUUAGAGAUUCAUAGAAGCAACGAAUUAACCAAUUCCUGUUCCUAAUCUCAAUAAAUAUUUUGCUUCUGUAGACAAUGUUUAUAUUGAGAAGAAGGCAGCUCCACUUGGUUUUUUUGAUUAAGUCAAACGUUAUCUUUUCACUUUAAGCAAGAAAACUGAAGCAUGGGUCAUCCAAAGUACAAGCAAUGAUGAUGACCCUCCAAGAUUAGAAGAUAUAAGAUCUUUAGUUUUUAAAGCAUGGUUAAAGAGAGAGAAAAUACCAAAGUUUUAUCUGGCAAUCUAACAGAAAAUACUAUAACCACAUCCUGAAAAUCAAAGAGUUAUGAUGAAAUUGUCAAUUCUUUUACAUCAAUAUAUCAAAAAGGGUCCACCAGAUGUUUUAUAAGAUUAAAAAUAAAAGAAUCUACCUACUAUUUGGACCAUAAUGAAAAUUUUGACUGAUCUAUAUAAACAAAGAAUUAAGAUUAAUCCUCAAAAUGAAGUAAAAGUUAUUGCAAAUUAUUUUGCAAUCAUAAACAAAAAAUUAAUAAUUUGUCAUGCUAAUAAAAACUUAUUUGAAGGAAGUUAUUCUUUAUCUCCUCUAUUCUUAUCUUUAGAAAGGGGAGGAUUUUGGAAACCGCUUGAAUCUAAACUAAUAGAUGAUUUAUUAAAGUAUUGGUCAGAUUGUUUACUAUUUCUCUCGGAAAUAUUUUAACCAAAUUCUCUCUGGAGGAUUCAGACUUUGAUUAUAAUGCAAAUGGUUGAUGAAACCUAUUCAUUAUUGUCAAUGUUGCUUCAUUUAUGGGUUGCUGUAAAAGAAACUUUGAACACAAGUGAUAAUUUAGAUACAAAUAAAUUAACAGAAUGGAUUUUAAGCGUUGAUUAAAGAUACGAGGAAAACUAUUUGAAAACAAAGAAAUUAUUCGAAAAAUGUUCAACUUUGCCUGAAUUUGCAGAAAUUAAAAGAUUCAUGCCUAAUUUACAACCCGAUGUUAUUAAUUAUAUCUAAUCAGUUGAGUAUUUUAAAGGAAAAACUAAAAUUGAACUCAAUCCUUAAAGAUCUAUACAUGGAAUUAAAAUGCCAGUGAGUUAUUAAGUGACUGUGUAAAAAUUAUAAUAAGUUCUAUUAUCUAUGUCUGACUUUGACAAACCAUAAAAUUAAAAUUAAAUAAAGUCUAAUUUCAAUAGUAAUAAUAAUCAAGAUUUUUUUGCAGAUUUUGGAUUCUUAAAUAAUUAAGGAAGUUUGUAAUCAUCAUAAGAAUAAGUAUAUGAUUAGCCUUGGGUUGAUUUUACAUAAGCAUUUUCAUAAUAGCAAUAAUAAUAGUAAUAAUAAUCGUAAUAGUAAUAAUAAUAAUAAUAAUAAUAAUAAAAACAAUAACAUUAAUAAUAACAAUAGCAGUAACAAUAGUAAUAAUAAUAAUAAUAAUAAUAAUAAUAAUAAUAAUAAUAAUAAUAAUAAUAAUAAUAAUAAUAAUCUCUUCAAUCAUCAUUGAAUAAUUAAUUUAUUUAAUAAGCAGGAAGAGAAUCAAUCUAAACUGAAAUUGACCCAUAAAUGCUUUCAUAAAUUAUUUUUAAAAUAAAUGAUGAUAAGUAGUAAGAUAAUAAUCUCCAAGAUUACUUAAAAAUGUAAUAAGCAUAAUAAGUUUAAUCUCAAAUUUUUAAUUAAAAAUAACAAGAAAAAUCAAAAAUAAUUGAAGUAACAAAUUUACUUGAUGUUCAUGAUGAUAACGUAGUUCCUAUAACAUAGAACAAUGAACCAUUUGACCUUAUUAACUUUGAUGAUAAACCUCAUUAGGCAUAACAAAAUUCUUUUCUAUUACCAAUUGACAUCAAUUUUACUUAAAUUGCAAAUCAAGAUUAAAAAGAAGGGAAAGGGCAGACAUAAAACAUUUCUUAAUAAUAAUAGCCCCAAGGAUUUUAAUAGUAAAUGCAUUAAUAAAACAUAUACCAGCAGUAAAUACCUUAAAUGCAUCAAUAGAGUAAUUAAUAAUAAAACAUUGUAAUUGAAGAUGAUGAGGAGGAUCUUAUCCCUAUGUCAUAUGAUAAUUUUCCUUAAUAAAAAUAAGAGAUGAAAUAAUAAGUACCACAAAACUUGGCUUAAUCUAUAAAUCCAACUUUCAACUUAACGCCUAUUAGAUAGAAAAUACACUCUUAAAUUUUGGAACAUGCCAAUGAAAUAAUUGAUGGCGAAGUCGAUAUCAGUGAUUUCAUUAUAUAAUACCACGAAUUAGUAUUUUAUGAGCAAAUAGCAUCAGGAGGAUCUGGAGUGGUGUAUCGUGGAAAGUACAAAAAUUAAAUAGUAGCAAUAAAGGAUAUUGAUAUAAAUGAAAAGGAUGAAUAAAAGAUGAAAGAAUACAAGAGAGAAAUAGUUACUUUGGUAAAAGUGAGGCAUCAUUAGAAUUUAGUUUGUUUAAUCGGAAUUACUUUCAAUUAAAAUAAAUUAUAUAUAAUCACCGAGUUUUGCUCAGGUGGUUCUCUCUUUGAUUUGAUUCAUAGAAAUAGGGAGACCAAUAUUGAUUAAUUAACGAAAUUGAAAUUAAGCUUAUUUAUAGCUGAGGGAAUGGCCUACAUUCAUAAAUUAGGAUUUAUGCAUAGAGAUCUGAAAUCAUUAAACAUUUUGUUAGAUCAACCAUUUAGUGCUGACUCAAACAUAAAGAUUGCAGAUUUUGGUUUGGCGAGAACAGCUUUGGAAAAGACUGAGUGGAUGACAGCUGUUGUUGGAACAUUUCACUGGAUGGCUCCUGAAGUCUUUCGAGGGGAAAUGUACACAAACAAAGCUGAUGUCUAUUCCUAUGGAAUUGUUUUAUAUGAAAUAUUUUCAAGAUAGAUUCCAUAUAUGAAUAUUGCCAAUCCAAUGCAAAUCAUGAGGGCUGUGACAGAGCAAAAUUAAAGACCUGAUCUUUAAUUUGAAUGCUAAUAGGAAAUGAAAGCAUUAAUGGCCUAGUGUUGGCAUCCUAAUCCUGAUCAGAGGCCUACAUUCGAAUAAAUUAUUAAUAAUUUACAAAGUUUAUGA